CACUCACGCAGGCAGCCCCCAACACCCCCACGCCCCACGAUGCGUCUUCUGCUGGCAGCGGUGACGGCGGCGAUGCUGAUGGCGCCGACCUCAGCUCUCUUCAAGGUGCCGAUUGAGAGCUCGGAGCCUCCCCUCUCGGAGCUCCCCGGCAUUCUGGAGAUCCUGGGCAUCACCGACUUGCUGGGGCUGUCCGGGCGCCUGGAGGUCCGCGGCUCCAAUCUGUUGCAGCAGGAGACUCACUGGGACAAGGUUCGCUACGGAAUGGCAACGGCUGGUGUAGCGCUUGCAGAGAUCGGGGCCAUCAUUGGGUACUUCGGUAACUUCCUGAGAACCAAAGAAAAGGAAAAAUUGGAGGCGGAGAAGGAGGCGGAGGCGGAGGCAGCGGCGUUGGAAGAGGCGGAGGUUUUAGUCGAAGAGGGAGCAGAAGAGGGUGGUGGCGGCCCCGAGGUGAAGGCGGGAGAACGGGUCCACUUGCUCAAGCCCUCCUACGGUCCCGCCCAGGUCGAGUACUCCCGCCAGCCAGCCUAUCGCCCCGCCCCUCGCCGCCCCGCCCGCUACCCACGCCCCUACCCUCCACGCACCUACAGGCAGCGGGUACUCCUGAAGCGGUCUGAGGCGGGCACCAACGAGACACCUUGAGGCAUUACCUGUUUCUUAUUGUACACCUUGCCUGAUCUUUCAGUUUCUCAAGAUGAAACUCGGUAAAAUUACAUCUUGAAAUUCUUUUUUACUUGCCAUGAAUCCUAAGUGUUGCUGUUGUAACUACAAGCCUGUGGUCAGUUGAAAAGAACUCAGCACUUCGGAAAACCCUGCAGUUCUGAAGGAUCCUCCAACGAGUACUUACGAGGAUGUGGACAAUCUCCUUAGCUAGCCCUUCAGCAUUGCCAUACAAAGUCCAGCGGUGCAGCUCGAGUCUCUGGUACCAAGAGCCUGCAAUUCUCAACCUCCUGGAUCUUACAAAAUUCAGGAGAAAAGAGCGGUUGUCGUUCAUGGUACCAGAGUCAUGGGGACCAGACAUUACCCAUAGCCUGUUCUAUCAGUGCCAGUAGUAGCAUCAAAGUCCCCCAAGACAAUGAGUGUGUCCUGAGGGGGGCACUGGUCUAUUAAGUAAUCGAGUUUGGCAAAGAACACCCUCUUUUUCUUCAACGUCACUCAUUUCAUUAAAAGCGCACACUACAAUAGAGACAUGAAGGCUAAGGUGUGCUUGAGCCUCACUUGUACUAUACCGGAGUGACCUCAACAACAAAUGGCUGCAAUUGGGUGGAGAUGGUUAUAGACGGGCACCACUGAUAAACCCUGCCAGUAGUGGAUGUAUCCCAUAUAUGAUCUAUAUA